AUGUCGAACUCUUCGCCGAAUUCUCCUCCGAGGAGCCCUCCGACGUCCCCUCGUCGCCCGGCCGCCUUUCGACACACAACCACGCCCACGAACCCGAGCCGACUGCGCAAUGCGACCGCAAUAUCUCCGGAAGAAAUCACCAAGUCAAAUGCUCAGCACGAUGGGCACGAGUCAGAUAUCGAGAGCCCGUCACACUCCCCGCUACUCGAUGGCGUUGGCCAGUUGACGGCCGAGCCAGACCGCGUUGCUAGUAGAGAUCUGGAACCAGAAUCGGAGCUGAACAAUCCAACAGAGACGACCGGGCUACUGGACAGCUUUCAGCACAACCACCACAGCCGCGUUUGUGGUCUGCGGAAUUGGAACCAUGGCACAUUCUCUCCGCGGGCAGGAUCUGUACACAGUCGACAAAGUAGCUUCGACAGUUCAUACGCCUAUAAUGCCGAGACCUCAAGCCUCUAUGGAGCUACAAACUACAUCAGAGGCAUAUUUGGCUCGUCGGGCAACGAAAAUGGUACGAAGAGCUUGUCCACAACGGAACGACUCGCUCGAGCACACGGCAUCCGGAGCAAGAAGUACAUGUACUUCUCAUACUACGUCCCCUUCGUCAAAUGGAUUACGCAGUACCAGUGGGCUUGGUUUCAGGGUGACCUAGUGGCCGCAUUCACCAUGGCAUCCUUCUAUAUCCCCAUGUCGCUGUCGUACGCCUCCAAUCUGGGACACAUCCCUCCGAUCAACGGCUUGUAUGCUUUCGUCUUCAACCCUCUAGUCUACGCCUUACUGGGAUCCUGCCCCCAAAUGGUUGUCGGGCCUGAAGCAGCGGGUUCGCUGCUUGUUGGCACUGUAGUAACGACCUCUAUUGAUCGGCAUGGCACGAGAGAUGAUGAUGAUGUUCUGAAUGCGCAGGUUGCCGGCGUUGUCACUACGAUCGCCGGUGCCGUCCUCUUCGUUGCAGGUUUCGCAAGACUUGGAUUUUUGGACAGCGUUCUAAGUCGACCGUUUUUACGAGGCUUUAUUAGCGCAAUUGGUUUUGUGAUCUUCAUCGAUCAAGCGUUGCCAGAGCUGGGCCUCAGCAGACGAGCGGAGCAUGUCGCUCAUCACAGCACGGCGGACAAGUUCGUCUUCAUCAUCAAGAACUUUGAUCAUGUUCAUGGCUUGACAGCUGCGGUGUCGCUAUCUGCUUUUGCCAUCAUUAUGGUGUUCAGAGAGCUCAAGAACAGGCUGCAACCAAGAUAUCCCAAGGUCGCAUACGUCCCAGAUCGCUUUCUGGUGGUGGCCCUAUCAGCUGUUCUGACCUGGAAGUUCGGCUGGGACAAGCAAGGGCUGGACGUUCUCGGACACGUCAAGUCUUCUGGCGGCACAGCAAUCCCCUUUCAUUGGCCAUUCCAGUUCAAGCACAUGAAGCAUAUCGAUACUGCGCUCAGCACGGCUUUCUUGAUUGCAUUACUCGGAUUUUUCGAAUCCUCUGUCGCGGCAAAAAGCCUGGGUGACGGCACUUCAGGUCUGCAAGGCAUGAAUGUCAGUGCAAACCGCGAGUUGAUCGCAUUGGGGACUGCGAAUCUAAUCGGAGGCUGCUUCAUGGCUCUGCCGGCUUUUGGUGGUUAUGGCCGUAGCAAGGUCAACAAAUCCACUGGAGGGACGACGCCCAUGAGCAGCAUUCUCCUGAGCAUGAUCACUCUGAUCUGCGUGUUCUACGCGCUGCCUUUAUUCUACUACUUGCCGAAGGGUGUCUUGUCGGCUAUGGUGUCGGUCGUUGCCUAUUCAUUGAUUGAGGAGGCGCCACACGAUAUCAAAUUCUUCUUCAAGAUUCGUGGCUGGACCGAAUUGAGCUUAAUGGCCAUCAUCUUUCUGGCGACUGUAUUCUAUUCACUUUCGGUCGGCAUUGCCCUCGGCAUCGGCUUAUCCCUGCUUUCACUCAUCAAGCACGCUACCAAGCCUCGUAUCCAAAUCUUGGGUAAGGUUUCAGGCACGGCGAAUCAGUACGAGAACGCCGAGUUCUUCCCUGAUGCCAUUGAGUAUCUCGAAGGCUGCUUGAUCGUGAAGAUCACCGAACCUCUAACGUUUGCCAACACCGGCGAGCUCAAGAACAGGCUGAGAAGGUUAGAGAAGUAUGGGACAGAACAAGCUCACCCUUCGUUGCCUAGAGUUCGACAUGAGGAUAGCAACAGGAACAUCAUUCUCGAUGUACAUGGUGUGACUAGUAUAGACGGAUCGGGAACUCAAGUGCUGUUCGAGAUCGUGGAAGAAUACGUGAAAAGAGGAGCGAGAGUCAUAUUUUGCAGACUACCAAGGAAACGGAGCAAAGUAUUCGAUGCAUUCGUCCGAAGCGGUAUCGUAGAGCUGUGUGGGGGCGAGCGCCACUUCGUGGGAAGCGUUGACGAGGCUUUGAAAAUAUCGAAUGUUGAGGAUCUGGAUCGGUAUUUUGACGAAAGAGUACCGAACGGCCAGCGAGACCUACAGUUCGACUCGAACAGUUUAGUUGCAUAG